AUCAUAGGAUUCAGGCAGAAUGACUCUUUAAUUUGACUGCCACAUAGAUAAAUACUAUUAUAGGUAGUGCACCCCGCGGGCGAACAAGGGGGUUUCCAUCCUCUUCUACGCAAUAGUUUUGCAAUCUCAAACCAAGGCCCUCUUUCCAUGCCCUGCAGACCCUCGGUGCACUCAACUUGGCUUCGGGAUACUCUUUCCCAGUCUCGCGCACUGGGCACCAUCUCGGGGAGGCUGUUAACUAGAAGAUGGUGAACACUGGGAACUCUGUGCUCGACUAGUGCGAAGCAGGGAGACAGAAACUUGAGAUUCAAACCGUGAACCUAUAAUUCGGGUGUUACCAAAUUAGGCAAAAUUUUUCUCGCUUUGACCAACUCGAGCGUGUACUCAAUAUGGCUCUAGACGGCAUAAUAAUCCUAGAUCAUUACGGACGUCCGAUUAUACAAUCUGGAUUUCGGUCCAGUACCACUGCAUAUUCAAUAUUGCAUAUCGACGCGGUGAACAACGCCUUACAAAAAGCUGAACGUUCAGCAGAUGUUGAUUCUGUCAUAUAUGUGCCGCCUUUGAAUACUGCCAACGGUUCGAGCGCGUGCUGCCACGUCGAAGUAGGAGAUUUGAGAUUCCUGUGUCCAGUCAGCGGUGACGUGGACCCGCUACUUGCGUUUGCCUUUCUACAAACUUUCAUCGACAUCCUGCGAGAAUACUUGGGAACUGUGUCCGCUGCUACUCUGAGGGAUAAUUUCGAUAUUGUGUACCAGCUGUUUGAAGAAACUCUGGAUUCCGGAGGUCAUCCCCUGACCACAUACUCCAACGCUUUGCGUGACAUUGUAAUUCCACCUUCCUUGUUAAACAAGUUACUCAGUGUUACUGGCACAAACUUCAACUCUACUAUCAACUCUGGAUUUGGAGCAGGUGCUGCAGUAGGACCAUUUUCCUCCCCACUACCUUGGCGGAAAACGGGUGUGCGAUACAACAACAAUGAAAUCUACUUCGACAUAAUUGAACAGCUCAAGGCCAUUGUAAACAAAAACGGUACUGUUGUGUCAAGCCAUGUCCAUGGCAAGAUUGAAGCUAACGCAAAACUUUCCGGGACACCCGACUGCUCUCUGAAUUUCACCAACCCUCAGGUGCUAGACGAUUGCGCUCUGCAUCCUUGUGUUCGUUUACAUCGUUGGAACCGUGAUAAGAUGCUAUCCUUUGUUCCUCCAGAUGGCCGUUUCACACUUAUGGAUUACACAUUCUCCUCGAAUCCUCUUCCCUCUCCGUCGCCUACCCAACAGUCUCUGACAUCUGUCAUGUCAUCAAGAAGUAACCUCACUAUUCCUUUCAUUAUCAAAGCUAUCGUCGAACUGGAAGAUUCUGGCGGUUCGUUCGACGUUACACUUACCUCACGUUACUCGACCCAUGCAUUGGAGAACAUAGUAGCAGAUAUUCAUUUGGGACCAGGCGCAGGUGGCAUACGUUGCAAUGUGUCGCGCGGAUCUGGAGGUGGCGGGUUUAUAAAUGCUGGUGGAAGUCGGAAUUUGGAUACUUCCGGAGCGUCAAGUGGUGCUUCAUGGUCUUUUGAUGCUCAAAGAACGGUCCUACGUUGGGAGAUACCGAUUGUAUCGCCGUCUAGCAGUUGGUCGUUGCAUGGAUCGUUUUCGACAGGAACUCGUGCUCCACGUCCCUCACAUGCAAUUCGCGUUCGCUUUGAUAUAUCAUCUCAUACAUACUCAGCAUUGAAAGUUGGUCAACUCAAGGUAACGAAUGCGAAGGAAAACUACAAGCCAUACAAAGGUGUCAGGGGUCGAUCUUCUGGUGAGGUCGAAUGGAGGUGGUAGAAUAUAAGGGAAUGAACGCGUUGUAUCUAUACAAGACUCAUUUGUGCAAUAUAGGACUUUUUCCUUUUUCCAGCCAUGGCCGCAAAUACUUCAAGCCCGAUAAAAA